CUCAAAAAUGGAUGGAGCUUUCGACAAACAGAAUCUUCUGCGGAUGUCUGGUAUCCUGUACAGAAAAUCCCAAGCGUGGUCCAUCUGGAUCUGAUGCAAAAUAACUUAAUUCCGGAUCCUUUCAUUGGAAUGAAUGAACUGAAAACUGAAUGGGUCGGAGAGAAGUCAUGGACGUACAAGACAACUUUUGAUGCACCCAGCGUACCCUCUGGGGCGAAGUCUGUACUCGUUUUCGAUGGACUCGACACUUUCGCAACCGUGAAGGUCAAUGGGAAAGUCCUGCUGCAAUCUGAAAACAUGUUUCUUAUAUAUCGCGUCGAGGUCACUGAGAGCGUCAUCUCGGGCCAAAAUUCUCUCGAGAUUGACUUCGAUUCAGCGUUGAUACGUGGCCGUGAACUUGAGAAGGCACAUCCUGAGUACCGAUUCAUUACCCACAACGAAGAAACCGGUCGUUUGGGGGUUCGGAAGGCACAAUAUCAUUGGGGCUGGGACUGGGGUCCUGUUCUCAUGACAGCAGGGCCGUGGCGGCCAGUUCACCUCGAGAUUUACGAUUCUCGAGUUGCAGAUCUCUGGUCUCAAAUCGAAGUCAGCAAGGAUUUGAGGGCGGCUUCAGGAAAGUUGUAUGCUCGAAUUGAUGGGCCGAGCAACAAAGUGGCGUUCACUGUCAAACUUCAAGAAAAGAUCAUUUCACAGCACGAAACAGCUGUCGGAGCUGAUGGUCUGGCGGAGGUCUCCGUUUCCAUUGAAAAUCCCGCACUGUGGUACCCUCAUGGAUAUGGAGCUCAGACUGUCUACGAAAUCACAGUUGAUGUUUUCACUCACGAAUUCCUGGUGGACACAAUGUCUAAGCGAACAGGUUUUCGGCGUGGAGAGUUUAUUCAGGAAGAUGACGAGAUCGGCCAGAGCUUCUAUUUCAGGAUCAAUGGAAUCGAUAUCUUCUGUGCUGGGUCGUGCUGGAUUCCUGCCGACAACUUCAUACCUCGCCUAGACGCAGGGAAGUAUAAAAAGUGGCUGCAGACGAUGAUCGACGGAAAUCAGGUUAUGACGAGGGUCUGGGGCGGUGGAAUCUAUGAGGAAGAUGUGUUCUACGAUCUCUGCGACGAGCUCGGUAUUCUCGUCUGGCAAGAUUUCAUGUUUGGUUGUGGAAGUUAUCCAACCUGGCCGGAACUCCUCGAUUCGAUCCGCGAUGAGGCUGUUUGUAACGUCCGACGACUACGCCACCAUCCAUCAAUCGUUAUAUAUGCCGGAAACAACGAAGACUACCAGAUUCAAGAAUCGUACAAGCUGGACUAUGACUUUGCAGACAAAGAUCCCGAAUCAUGGCUGAAAUCUACAUAUCCCGCCAGAUACAUCUCUGAGCAUCUUCUGCCGAAGGUCAUAAAGAAUGAGUCUCCAAAUAUUCCGUACUGGCCAAGCUCUCCAUUCUCCGGCGGGAAAGAUACUUCUGACAAGACUAUUGGCGAUCUUCAUCAAUGGAAUGUGUGGCAUGGGACUCAAGAGAAGUACCAAAUUUUCGACGACCUAGGCGGCAGGUUCAACUCAGAGUUUGGGACGGAGGCAUUUCCUCAUAUGCAAACCAUUCAACACUUUGUCAAAGAUCCCUCUGAGCUUUACCCGCAGUCUCGGACCCUAGAUUUUCAUAACAAGGCUGAUGGCCACGAACGUAGGAUUGCCACGUACCUCGUGGAGAACUUUCGCACGACCACAGAUCUCGCCGCAUACAUACAUCUUACUCAAUUGGCCCAAUGUGAAGCUCUCAUGUUCGCAUACCGCGGCUGGCGACGACAAUGGGGCCAAGCACGUAAGUGUGGUGGCGCCCUCGUCUGGCAGCUGAAUGAUUGCUGGCCUGUCACAUCCUGGGCGAUCAUCGAUUUCUUUCUCCGUAAGAAGCCGGCAUAUUACGCUAUGUCCCGAGUCCUCAGACCAAUUGCCGUCGGUGUGCGACGAAAGCAUCACGACUGGAGCGUAUGCCACGCUCGACCGGCAAAGACUCUACCAUGGGAGCUGUGGGUUGUCAGUAGCAAGACGACUGAAGUUGUGGCUGAAGUUGAACUGCGCUUCAUUUCCAUUUCGACUGGCGAGGACAUCAAGGAGAAGAUCACCAAGGAGAUCACGGUAGCUGCGAACGGCUCAACGGAUAUCGCUAAUGGCAUGAUUGAUAACCUCACAGAGGAGCCUCAUGUUCUUGCUGCUAGAAUUCGGAUUGAUGGUGUGUGCGUUUCCCGUGAUAUGGACUGGCCGCAGCCACUCAAGUAUCUCUCGUUUGAAGACCGAGGAGUAUCCGUCACUCAACAUGGUGAUGAGCUUCGAGUAUCGGCGAAGAGACCAACGAAAGGGCUCACUUCCGAGGAGAGGGAAGGGGUUUUGAUUUCGGAUAGUGCGAUCGAUAUUGCGCCGGGAGAUGAGCAGGUCGUGACUUGUCGAGGGCUGGAGGCAGGGGAGAAGCCGUUGUCGUGGACGUACUUGGGACAACAUGAUUGAUUUGGCUCCUGACCGUACCAGAGUCGAAUGUUUUUGUUAUCACAGAUUUCUAAGCUCAUAGAAUUUCCUUUGGUAACCGGCAAAACGAAGAGACAUUGAGAAUCGGCUUCCACGAAACCUGAGAGUAAGCAUUGAGAUCUUGAGAGUUCCCUGUAGAUAAACCCCAGAGGUCUUCGGGAGCUCCAUAGCCAGUAAUUGAGCCACGAGUAAUGAG